GGACGGGGGGUAGCGAUGGCGGCGGCGCGGUUGAAGCCGUGCCUGGUGCGGCGGCGGGACGGGCGGCAGCAGUACGGCCUCGCCGCCUCCUGCUUGCGGGAGCUGCGCGACAAGGCUUGUGGCAUUCUAUCUAUUGAUAAGACUGGGGAGCCCAUCACCUUAGUACUGGCAGAAGAUGGCACUAUUGUGGAUGAUGAAGAUUACUUUUUGUGUUUGCCUCCUAAUACCAAAUUUGUGGCCCUGGCCAAGAAUGAGAAAUGGUCCAGCAAAAGCUUAGACAGUGGAACAGCCCAGCUCUCAGAGGCUGCAGAUGAAGUGGACUGUGGUGCAGAGAAGUGGAAGCAGCUGGCCAGGCAACUGAAGGAUGACCUGUCUAAUAUCAUCUUGAUGUCUGAAGAAGACCUCCAGGUGCUUAUUGAUGUACCAUAUUCAGACCUGGCAGAAGAACUUGCCCAAAGUCAAACCAAAAUCCAGGUAUUGCAGGACACCCUGCAGCAGGUGCUGGACAGACGGGAAGAAGAACGUCAGUCAAGACAGCUUCUGGAACUCUACCUGGAGGCCUUGAAAAAUGAAGAUAGUAUCUUAAGCAAAGUAGCAGAAUCCGAGACUGUACCAAGGAAGGAAAUGGAUGAGGUUGACACAGGUGCCAGCCAUGCAGGCACUUCUGCCAAGACAGCACUCAGUGACCAGAUCCUUGCUGCUCUGAAAGAGAAACCUGCUCCAGAGCUGUGCUUGGACAGUCAAGAUCUGGAGUUGGUCUUGAAAGAAGACACAGAAGCCCUGGCCUUGGCACUCAGGUGGGACAAGCACAAAGCUGAAGCUCUGCAGCAAGCCUGUGAUCAGGAACUCUCCAAGCGUCUACAACAAGUGCAGACUUUACAUUCCCUAAGGAGCACCUCAAAGGUCAAGAAAACACUACCCUGGGGGGACUGGCCUAGUUCAAAACGCAAAAAAUAAGUGCUGCUCACAAUCUGGGGGGGGUUGCACUAGAAUCAAUACACGCAAGGUCCAUCCUGGGAGCCACAGUUUGCUGGUCAUACUGCGGUCUGGCUAGAGACAGAUAAAAUCUGGACAUUGUCCUGAGGCUUAAACUCUUGUGAUGAUUCCAGUGAUGUGUAACCAAAGGGAUUCUGACUUUUUGCAGAGUGCUAGAACAAUGGUAUUGCUAAACACAGCAUGUAAGAGUUCAGCUUUGAAUACCUGGGUGGGAGCCAGAAGCUUCCAUCUGACAAUAGUGGAUAUGGCUUCUGAAACCCCAGGCAGCUUGCUUACUUUGUCCUCCCACCAUUUACUGUGUGAAGGAUGGAAAUCUUCUGGAAGACCCUUUGGGGCACAGUUAAUGAAUAGGGCAGAGGGGUUUGCUGGCUUCUGUCUGGCCUUAAGCUCCAGCCUGGGAUCUAGAAACUUAAAUUCCCAUGAUAAUUUUGCCAGUUAAAGUGAAUUCAGAGUCCUUUAACUUCAGGGCUUUUUCUGUGUGGAACUGCUGCCUCUUGAGUGUGGUGUAAGCACUAACUUGUAAAACACUGUAAAGGUGGAAAUAGUUGCUGUGCAAUGCUGUGAAGCAGAAGACUUGUAUUUGUCUUGUCUGGAUUAUGCUCCUGAUCACUAGUGGGGUACCAUGGCACUUUUGUAUUAGCUGGCUCACCUUCAGAUUUGUUGAAUUCUAUUUUUAAUCCCCUAGUAUCAUUAAAACCCUUUUACUGUACUGUUGGACUAGUUCUGAUAUUCCCAACAGCUGCUAUGAUUAAAGAAUAUGUUGCUAAGUUCAGUAUUACCUUAAGGAUGGAGGAAAAAGAAAUUAAAUAUGGAAACACUUUGUAUUUAACCUGU